AUGAAGCACUACAAAGAUUGUGAGCAGCUGUUGCUCAGCAUUGGCAAGUGCUUUGUUGUCGAAGCCUUUCUGGAAUUUUUUGACAUGGAUGAUGAGACACAGAAACCAUUAAAGAAUGCUCCAAAUUUAGAUGCAUCUAAAAGUGACGAGCAGAAGAAGAUUGACAUAAAAAAUAUACUGGACAAGUUUCUUGACCAGUAUAUUUUUGUGGCUGAAGAUGAAGAGGACCCACCUUUUGGUAGCAAUGGUGUAUGCUGUUACUCAGUGAAUGUAUUGCAGUCAUUCAUGUUAUUUGCUGAUUUUAAAGAUGCUGUCUCUUCAGGAAAUGGCGAGCAUCUAUCCACCUUGCAUAAGCAGCUACUACAUCACUUCUUCUCUGCAUCUGGUUUCAAUGACUAUGCAAUUGAGAUGCUAAUCAACAUCAGAGCCAAAUCCUCCUGUCAAAGGCUGAGGCCCAUAAAUGCAAAUGGGCAUCUACGGUGA